UCUGUUUACUUAUUCCUUACAUAUCGAAAGUCAUUUAUUGCAUUCAAAUCGUGAUUUUAAUCUUUUAAUUGUUUGAAACUCGUUAACUCGUUGAUAAUGUUUGAAUUUUGUUAGAAAACAACAUAAAAUGGAAAAUAUUACCAAGAAACCAAGAAAAGGAAUUUUAAAAUCAGGCUCAAGCUUUGAACAACAUGACUGUCAAUCUAAAUCAAGUAUCGAGUUGAUUAAAUGGGAUGAGAUGAACAUUUUACAAACUUUGCAUCCACCGGAUAAAGAUUAUGGUUUGAUGAAGAUUGAAGAACCCAAGACUCCUUUCACUUAUUAUAAGGAUAAUGUUGAUGGUGAACCAGUUUCAGAUGAUGAACGAGCUUCAGCUUCAUCAACAGCAACUUCCUCGGGACCUCCAAUAUUUGAUAUGGAAAAAAUUAAGGAAAAGGUUAAAUCAAAGCCCAGGGUAAUGUUAACCUCAGAAAGUUCACUUGAAGAGGAGGACAAUGAUAAAGAUUGGGAUGAAUUAACGGAAGAGGAGAAGAAGAAAAGAAAAGAAUUCGAUGUGAAAAGAAAAAUGCAUUAUAAUGAAUAUCAUGCAAUCAAAUUGGCUCGUAAAUUGUUGGAAGAAGAGCAAGAUGAAGAUUCGAUUCAUCCAGACGAUUCAAUGGUGACAAAUGAAAAUCGAAAACCAACCAAUAGUGAAAAAGAUGGAGGCGAUAAUAAUAAUAACGAUUAUGAUGGAAACGAUGAAAGUAAUCAAAUGGAAUCAGAUUAAAUUAAGUCUUCUUCAUUUGAUUCCAAUCGAUUAAUUCCAAAAUUGGCCUCGAGUAUAUUAGAAAUCCUCAACUAUAUUAGGCUAACUGAUGAGUUUUUCGUUCAAACCAUUGAUUAGCAGUUGAUAAUCAUCAUCAUCAUCACAAUUUAAUCGUCAUUAACAAAAAAACAAUUGAAACACAAUUUAAAUCACCAACGAGCUAACACCCUUGAUAUCACCUUAAAUUGAACAUAUCAACAUAAUCACUAUCACAAGUAGUCAUCAAACACACAAGAAAAUCAUUAGAAAAGCAAAAAAAUGAUCACCAAUCUCACGUAAACCAAUUACUUAAUCAUUAUAAGUAUUUAAUCAAAUCAAAACAAAUGGAAAGUACCUAAACAAUCAAAUUGAGAUACAAUCUCUUUAUUGAUUGUUGAUCAACUGAUCAAAAAGACUUAAACAUAAUGAAAGUAACAAAAACAAAAUGAUCGACAAAAAUUUCACCAAACCAAACAUGACCUUUAAUUAACACCAAGCACAAAGUGGUCAUUUUAAUUGAAAGAAAUUAAUUAUCUACAUUUAAAUGUAUUCUUAUUAUAAAUACAAUUUAAUUGUUAUAUUUGGUAUUUGAUUUAAAAUUAAACAAAAUGAAAUGAUUA